AUGAGUGAUAGAAGAUGUUUCGAAUAUCUCGAUAGAUCUUUACGGGAUGUACUAGACUGUAACGAACACGCUUUCGGUGGGAUUUCUGUUCUUCUUGGUGGCGACUUUCGACAAACGCUUCCCGUCUUGCCAAAGGCCACACGUUCUCAGAUUGUUGAGUUUACACUGCCAAAUUCGCAUUUAUGGAGUCUUUUCGAAAUUCACAUGCUGACACAGAACAUGAGGUUAGUUUCAAAUAUGGAUAAUGACAUAGAUAGACCCUCAAUGAGAAGCUUUGCUGAAUGGCUGCUUCAAAUUGGUGAUGGAUUGGUUGGGCAGCCUGAUAUAGAGGAUCCACACGAUACCUCAUGGAUACAAAUUCCAUCCUCAUUACUGAUACCACCGGGUUCCAAUUCUCUCGAAAAUCUCAUACACUUUGUAUAUGAAACAGCUAUGCUCAACAAUCCCACUGCGACAGAUCUGUCAGUUCGGGCAAUCGUGUGUCCAACAAAUGAAAUGGCUGAUAUGAUAAAUAGUAUUGUUUUAAAAAAAAAUUGGGACAAAUGGUAA